AUGGUUGCCUCUAAGAAGUCGAAGAAAUCCUCGGAAAGCAUUAACUCGCGCCUGCAGCUGGUGAUGCGAUCCGGUAAGGUCGCUUUGGGCUACAAGCAGACUCUUAAGAACUUGCGCAGUGGCAAGGCAAAGCUGGUAAUCUUGGCUUCGAACACUCCCCCGCUUCGCAAGUCGGAGGUAGAAUAUUACUCGAUGCUGGCCAAGACUGGCGUGCACCACUUCUCGGGCACGAACAAUGAUCUUGGUACGGCAUGCGGCAAGUACUUUCGUGUUUCGUGCAUGUGCGUCCUUGAUGCUGGUGACUCGGACAUUUUGCGGACAAUGUCAUAG